GCACAGCAGUUCCAGGGUCAGGAGGAGUUCGACAGAGAGCAGUAAGGACACAUUCAGAGCUCCUGUGGGCCUUCAAACCAGCACACACUCAGACAGACCAGCCCGAGAAGAAACCCGAGCUCCUCCUCAAAGCCAUCAUUUAUUUAAAAACAUAAGUCAAGGAGAAUACUCAUAUCUGCUCUCUUUACGUGGUGAACAAGGCUACGAAGCAUCACAGCACUACUAUGACGGAGGUAACUUGCAGUACAGCCAGCAGCACAGUCAGUUCCAGCAGGGUUCAGGGCAGGAGCAGUACUCCUCACAGAAGGCUACAGUGGGCAAUCUCAGGGAUAUGACCCGUCAUUUCGUGGACCAUCGCCGUGUGAAGCUGGUGGCUGGUUCUGGAGGGAAAGGUGCCUGCAGCUUUCACAGCGAGCCUCGGAAAGAGUGGGGUGGACCCGACGGAGGAAAUGGAGGCGAUGGAGGAAGCAUCAUUAUAAAAGCUGACAGAGUUGUCCGAUCCUUGGCACAGGUGGUUCCGGUCUACAAAGGAGAAAAUGGGGAAGCAGGAGGCAGCAAGAAUUGUUACGGUCGAAACGGCAAACCGACGUACAUUUCUGUGCCUUUAGGAACGGUGGUGAAGGAGCUGGGUAAAACUGUAGCGGAUCUCGCUGUGCACGGCCAGGAGUUUCUGGCUGCGUUUGGAGGAACCGGUGGGAAAGGGAAUCGUUUUUUUCUGUCAAACGAAAACCGUGCCCCGAUGACGGCAACCUCAGGUAUGGAUGGACAGGAGCGGGUCCUUCAACUAGAGCUGCGCACCAUGGCCCACGCUGGACUGAUUGGCUUUCCAAAUGCUGGGAAAUCCUCUCUUCUGAGAGCCAUCUCUAAUGCUAGGCCUGCUGUGGCUGCGUAUCCGUUUACAACCCUCAACCCACAUGUGGGAAUCAUCACGUACAGGGAUCACGAACAAGUUGCAGUUGCAGAUAUCCCCGGCAUCAUCCGGGGGGCGCACCUAAAUCGAGGCCUGGGGAUUUCUUUCCUGCGUCACAUAGAGCGCUGUCGUUUCCUCCUCUUUGUUCUGGACCUGUCGGCGCCCGAGCCUUGGACCCAGCUUCAACACUUGUGCUAUGAAUUGGACCGGUAUGACCCAGGUCUGUCCCAGCGCCCCCAGGCUGUUAUAGCCAACAAAAUGGACCUACCUGAGGCCAGAGAAAAGCUGGAGAUUCUCAGAAACACCGUCAACCAAAGGGUCAUCCCUGUGUCAGCGCUGACUGGACAGAACACAGAGGAGCUUAUCCUCCACCUCAGAGAGUUAUAUGAUGGUAAUGGGUUUGGAAAACCAAACAAAAAGCCCUUGAGUUUAAAAUGGUAGUAAAGGUUAAGUUAUUAAUAAAAAACAAA